AUUAUUGCUAUGCUAUCAAAUGUGAUCUUGGUUAAAUCAAUCACCUAUUCCCUCUAAAUUGCCAUUUUUCUUGGACACAAAAUAGAUACUGAAGUACGUGAUAUCAAGGAUUGCUUUCAAUUCUAAAAUCAUUUUAUGUGAAGAUUUCCCAGAAUCUUCCCUAAUUACCCAGAAGGAAAGGCUUUAAGCACAGCAUAAGAUUUGGUGAGGGGUGGGGUGAGGUGGAUGCUCCAAGAAAGGUGGAUUGACCCAGACUAGGAUUAUAUAUGGUUCUGGGAUGACUGGGUGAGAGGCAGGGACAGUAAAUUAAGCAUGUAUUAAGCAUGUAGACUUAGGAAGGGAGAUGAUGGACCAGAGCUCAGAGAAUAAGACUGUCCUGAGAGAUGGUUGUGAAGUUUGUGGUCUAACCUGCCUCUCUCUGGACCCCUUUUCCUCACCAAUGGCAACCUUUGCACUUCCUUUAGUUUUCUUGGGCCCUUAUAUCCAAACAGAAUCUUAAGAAAUAUGACAAAUUUAAGCAGCAAAUCCAAUUGGGGGUGGAGGGAAGGUCCCAACUGUGAUUUGUUGAUUCAGGGAACUCAAUAAAGAAACUCCAGAUAACUGUCUUAUGACUAAUAUAGUCUUACAAAGAACAUAUAAUGUAAAUUCUCCCCAUGGUGUUUUGUUUAUUAUUAAUAGAGUGUAUGUCUUUAGCUAGAGGAAUGAGGUUCUAAUAAUGAAAAUUCAAGAAUAUUAAAGAUAAUUAUGAAGAUAAAUAUACAUGUUUGAGGGUUAAAUUUUCCUGUUGCAUCUAAAAUCAUGCCAUAUAGAUGAUUACUUGUUGUUUGCAGUGAAAGACAACUUUUCUGGGAAAUUUUCCUGAAGCUUUUUGCAGAUUUUUUAUAGACAAGAAGGAAGGGGGGUGCUCAUUUUGCCCUUAGCUACUGAGGCCCUCUGACAAUCUGACUUCAUCUUCAUGAAACCCUCAUUUUAUUGUCAGAUAAUCUGAUCUUCCUCAGGCUUUAGAGCACUGGGGUUAGGACAGGGAUGAGGUUGGGCUGUGUUGGGGGAAGUUGCAGAGCUUUUUCUAGGCCCAGACAGAAUCACUGGGGCUGGGUACCUCCCAAUUCAGGUCACUAGUGAGGUUUCAAGGAACAGCCAGCCAAGUUUGGCUCAGCUACUGCCACCGGAAUAGUUUGCUCCUCCCUAAGCCUCAGGGUCAGUUUCACCCUCUGGAAAAUGUCACAGUAAAACACUUGUCCCAGCCCCUCUGAUGGUGGGGGAUGAGGUGGGGUGCAGAUGCAGUCCUUUUCCUUUGGAUCUCCUGAGAGCUCCCUUCCACCUGCUCCCAUCUCCAGCCCCGAGCUAGGCUUCCGGCUCCGGGUUUCCUACUAAAUCCCCAUCUCCCCCCCACCCCAUUAUCAGAACCGUAUACUACCUUUCCACAUUCCCAACCCUCUUCCUAACCUCCCCAAGGGACAUUGCUAUUCACCCACCCAUUUAUCCUUCAGUCGGACAAAUAUUUUUUCGGCACCUACUAUAUUAAACGCGCUAUAAAGUCCCUGGAUAAUCUGAGAUUAACACCGUCCUCCUUCCCCCACUUCUUCCUCCUGCCACGAUGCUGGACUGGGUGCUGUACAAAGCAGGUCAGCGGACACUGGACCUGAGCGGUUGAAAUAGAAACUGUCGAAGAGACAGCCUAGGCACAAAAGAUAGCAGAGAUCGGAGAAUUACACACAGGAAAACUACCCGAGUUAAAAGCAGUGAUUCACCAAAUUGUACGGGCUCCAGAUGCUCCUUAGAUUUCACUCCGAGAGCUCCCGAAGACUUGGGGUCAGCGCCGGAAUCAGGACCCGGGCAGCCAAUGCCCUUUCUCAGAGGAGAGGUGGUACCUUUCUCUCACACGCCUCCUCCUUUGUCAGUUUCCCUGCCCAGCCCAGCGUCCUGGACCUUUAAGAGGCUGACGGGCAGGCGGGAGCCCAGUGCUCACCUCCGCCCCGCAAACGUCCUUCCCUCUGCUGUAACUCGGCCAGCCGCAGUGGCUGGAGCAGCCGCCGGAGAGCCGGGGAGGCAGCCAAGCCGGAGGAGAAAGGCGCGGGCACCGAGGGCUUCCAACCCCGGGACCUGGGGCUAUCCCGGCCGCGCAGGUGCCAUCUGUGAAGGAGGGUCAUGGCUUCUCCCUUGCACAGCAUCCGGCUGCCUCUGGAUGAUGAUCUGCUGUUGAUGCAGAAUGGGUCUAUACUACGCAAGGUCAAAUCCCGAAGUUGGAAGAAACAGAGAUACUUUAGACUGCAGGAUGAUGGGAUGACUGUUUGGUAUGCCCGGCAGGCUGGUGGAAGAGCCAAACCCAGCUUCUCCAUUUCAGAUGUGGAGACAGUGCGAGAAGGCCAUGAAUCAGAACUGUUGCGGAGCCUGGCCGAUGAAAUCCCCCUAGAGCAUGGUUUUACAGUUGUUUUCCAUGGGCGCCGCCCCAACCUGGACCUGGUGGCCGGCAGCAUUGAAGAGGCACAGAGCUGGGUGCAAGGGCUUCGGCGCCUGCUGGAGAUUAUCACCAGCAUGGACCAGCAGGAGAAGAUGGACCAAUGGCUGAGUGAUUGGUUUCAGCAGGGAGACAAAGACCAGGAUGGGAGAAUGAGUUUCCGGGAAGUACAACGAUUGCUUCGGUUGAUGAAUGUAGAUAUGGACCCUGAGCAUGCUCUGCAGCUCUUCCAGGCCGCAGACAAAUCAGAGUCAGGGAUGUUGGAAGGAGAGGAAUUUGUAGAGUUCUAUCGGGCCCUGACUCAGCGCUCAGAGAUACUGGAGCUGUUUGAAAUCCUCUCUGGAGAUGGCCAGAAGCUGACGCUGCUGGAGUUUGCGGAUUUCCUUCGGGAAGAGCAGAGAGAGGGAGAACAUGCUUCUGACCUUGCCUUGGAAUUGAUUGCUCGCUAUGAGCCAUCAGACAGUGCCAAACUGCGGCACGUCCUGACCAUCGAUGGCUUUCUCGCGUACCUCUGUUCCCCCGAUGGAGAUAUCUUCUCUCCAGCUUGCCGCCCUGUCUACCAGGACAUGAGCUACCCGCUGAAUCAUUACUUCAUUCACUCCUCACACAACACUUACCUGCUGGGGGACCAGUUUCGAGGACAGAGCAGUGUGGAAGGCUACAUACGGGCUCUCAAGUGUGGAUGUCGCUGUGUGGAAGUGGACGUAUGGGAUGGACCCAGUGGGGAACCCAUUGUUUACCACGGACACACACUGACUUCUCGGAUCCCCUUCCAAGAUGUCGUGGCCACCAUUGCCCAGUAUGCCUUCCAGACAUCAGACUUCCCAGUCAUAGUGUCCCUGGAGAAUCACUGCAGCUGGGAACAACAAGAGGUCAUUGCCCAGCACCUGACAGAGAUCCUGGGAGACCGACUGCUUAAUACGACCUUGGAUGGGCUCCUGCCCACCCAACUGCCAUCACCAGAGGAACUUCGAGGGAAGAUUCUCCUCAAGGGGAAGAAGAUGGGGACAUUGGAAGAGGAGCUUGGGGAGGCUCCGGGGGAGCCUGAGGAGCUGGAAGAGCCUGAAGAAGAGGAAGAGCCCGAGCCGGAACUGGAGCCCGAUGUGUUGGACUUUGAUGAGACAGCCCGAAAUGAGGACAAGAGGAAAAAGAAAGUGGGACUUGAGGUUGUGUCCUGUCGGCUGUUGUGUCCGUCUGCGUGUUGUCAGACUGGGCCCCAGGCCCUUGGCCCCAUGUCUGGGUCCCCUCUCCUGCCCAAGCAGAAAUCCAAGACCACCCUGUGUCCAGCCCUGUCGGCCCUGGUUGUCUAUAUGAAGAGCGUCCCGUUUCGGAGCUUUGCACACUCGAAGGCUCACUACCGCCUCUACGAGACGUCGUCCUUCUCUGAGACAAAGGCCCGGCGCCUGGUCAAGGAGGCCGGGAACGAAUUUGUGCAACACAACGCGUGGCAGCUGAGCCGAGUGUAUCCCAGUGGUCUGAGGACAGAUUCCUCCAACUACAGCCCUCAGGAGCUCUGGAAUGCAGGCUGCCAGAUGGUGGCCCUGAACAUUCAGACUGCAGGGCUGGAGAUGGAUCUUUGUGACGGGCUUUUCAGUCAGAAUGGCAGCUGUGGCUACGUGCUGAAGCCAGCUUUCCUGUGUGACCCCCAAAGUUCCUUCCACCCCGAGAGACCCCCCAGUCCCACUCUGACUCUUCUCAUUCAGGUGAUCAGUGGUCAGCAGCUACCCAAAGUGGCCAACAGCAAAGAAGGCUCGAUUGUGGAUCCCCUGGUGCGGGUGGAAAUCUACGGCGUGCCCGGAGACACAGCGCGGCAAGAGACCAGCUACGUGGAGAACAAUGGUUUUAAUCCCUACUGGGGGCAGACGCUGCAGUUCCGAGUGCGAGUGCCAGAGCUGGCCCUGCUGCGGUUUGUGGUGGAGGACUAUGACAGGGCCUCGAGAAAUGACUUUGUGGGUCAGUACACACUGCCUUGGACCUGUGUCCAACAAGGUUACCGUCACAUCCAUCUUCUCUCUAAGGACGGGACGAGCCUCCACCCCGCCUCCAUCUUUGUGCACAUCCAGAUCCGGGAAGAGCUGGAUGAGGACGGAGACUGAGGGAGAGGCGCCAGCAGGACUCCGGGUCUCGGCUUCCUCGGGCCUUUUGCAUCUUUCCUGUUUCCUGUCACAUCACCAGAAUCCCCAUCCUCUUCUUGUUCUCCCUGGAAGCUGCUCCUUUUGUUGUAGUCUCCACCCUGGUCCAGUUCUAAGAUUCUCGCUCUCACCCUGGGACAAAGGCUGCUGCAGCUCAGAGAGGAAGAGGAGGCCAGAGGAGUCCCUGGAUUUUUGAGGCAGGGCUCUGCAUCCCUUGCCAUAAGGAUGGUGCUAAGGAAGAGAAGCAGCUGGGACCCUGGGGAGUCAGAGGCUGUGAGACAGCACUAUGUCUUACUUCUGAAGAGGAACCUUUAGGCCUCUCUUAGACCUUCUGAGGCCUUUCUGUACCAAAUACGGCUCUCUGCUCCCUUCUUCCCCUCCCUCUCCCCCAAAUCAGUCUAGGAUGCAGCUCAUCCUUGUUUUGGAGUAGGAUAGGAAGAGAAGAAAAAGGUAGAAAAGGGCCCCAGCAGUGAAGAAGGGCAGGGUCCAACUUUGCUGGGAGAUGGGGAGAGAAGGUAAGACAAAGGAAACAAAGAUGCUGAGCAAGAAGUAGGAAAGCACCCUGAUCGGGUGGAUGACCCCAAAGGAGGAGGAAGAAAGAAUGAGGCAAAGGCCUGAAGCUAGAUUUCACCUAAGGCUCCUGGAGCAUGGAGGAAGACCCUGGACGGGCCAUGACCUUCAGAGCCCUUUUUCCCCUGCAGGGUCUUUUGCCCUUCAGCUCCUAAAAUCUGCUGGUCAGCUUCUGGGCAUGUCUCAGGGCUCGGGAUUCCAGAGGAAAUACAACUGUUUAUCUGCAGGAGACUCCCCCGCUUGCUAAAACCCGCUUUAGCCAAGUCUUUCUCAGAGCUAGGGUGAAGGACAUGAGUAAAGCAGGGAGACAGGGAUCAGGCACAAGGACAUGAGUCAAGGCUUGCAUCAGUUUGUAUCUGACACUAAACUCCUAUGUUUUAAUGGGGUAGGAAAGGGUUCAGAGAACUGUGUGAGAAGGAAGAGCAGCAUAAAGUGCCAGCUUGGUUAAGAUAUGUUAAGAAAAAAAAAAGACAGCCAUGAAUCCAAAGUUAGAGAUCACAUCCUGUUUAAGUUGCUUUGUACAAAGUAUAUGCCAUUAGAUGCUUAAUAAAGAUAUCUUCACGAUGA